CUUUGGAUAUUUGAGCCCGUAACCCUAACCAUAAACCCUAGCAAUACUAAUACCACAACUUAUUCGCCAUCUCCGUCGGUACCUGCGGCUGAAGCAAGUGAUCGAAGCGAUAGGAGAGUAAUUAGCAGAAAAAUUCAUCGUCGCAGUGAUGGGUAAGGUUCACGGAUCACUCGCACGUGCCGGUAAAGUCAGGGGCCAAACCCCCAAAGUGGCCAAGCAGGACAAGAAGAAGAAGCCACGUGGCCGCGCUCACAAGAGGAUGCAGUACAAUCGCCGAUUCGUCACCGCCGUGGUGGGAUUCGGCAAGAAGAGAGGACCCAACUCAUCUGAGAAGUGAGGCUGAGGCUUGAAGAAUAUGUUACUACUCUAUAAUUGAUUUAUCUUUCUUGUUUUAUCAUUUGUAUGUUUUGAUUGUUUUCUGUGAACGGAUUUUUUGUUAGCUUUAUAUCAAACUAGAAUUUUGGCAUGCAAUUCUAAUCCUAUAUAUCAAUCAGUUCAUUGCUCGGUUCAAUAGGGGAAAGUAAUUACAUUGAUGUUGUUCAAGCAAAAGACUUAUGUUACUUUAGGGUGAUGUUCUUACCAA